AUGGCGACAUCAGUGGACGCAGCCAACGAUCGAGUGUCGUACACUCAGACCAACCCGCUGUUUGACAUGUCGCUCAGCAGGAGUGAUCUCUACAACCUCCACCCAGACACUCUGAAGCCGGCGAGGCCCAGACGGCAGUGGUGCUUUAACAUUAUUGUUGUUUACCUCAUCUUGCAGACGCCUCUUAAUGCCUUCCUCCUUUAUAAAGUUUUCACAAUGGACUCGAUGUCCAGCCCCAGGUUAGAUAAGCAGGUGUCCAAUCGCAUUCCUGAGGAGCCGAGCGAACGUGACCUGCAGACCCUCGUCCUCAACAACACCAAAGAAACCAAGACGCUGAGGGGAAACCUGUGGAGCCUGCAGACCCAGGUGAACAGUCUGUGUGGAGCGGACGGUCAGCUGGACAGGAUGAAGUCUGAACUAAACCUGCUCAACACAAGCACAAAAAGUCUGGGAGACAAACUGUCGGACAUCAGCCUCAAACCAGGACCACCAGGACCUCCAGGACUGCCUGGAGAUAAUGGAAAUCCUGGAGAGAAAGGCCUUAAAGGUGACAUGGGCAUCGUUGGACCUCAAGGACCAAAAGGUGACACGGGACUCAACGGACAAACUGGACCGUCGGGAAAUCAAGGCCCAACCGGACCUACUGGACCGUCAGGACCCAGGGGGUUUACUGGACCUAAAGGAGAUCCGGGGAAUCAAGGACCAGGAGCAAAAGGAGAGAAAGGAUCUCCUGGAAUACCAGGAGAUAAAGGUGGACAGGGGACCGCUGGUGUACCAGGCCCUGUUGGGCGUUCGGGGCUGAAAGGAGACAAAGGCAGCAGUGGAGCUGCAGGUGCACCAGGUCUUCCAGGUGCAAAAGGAUCAACUGGCUCUAGAGGCCCCACCGGACUACAGGGAGCCAAAGGAGAAAAAGGAAGCAUUGGUGCUACAGUUCGUCUGGCCCCGGGUCCGAGCCGAGGAAGGGUGGAGGUGAAUUAUAAGGGAUCGUGGGGAACCGUGUGUGACGACAACUUCGACAGUGUGGAUGGGAAGGUGGUCUGCAAGAUGCUCGGCUACCAGAGAGCCUCUAACGUCUACGCUGCCGUUGCAGGGACCGGUACGAUCUUGCUGGACGAGCUGCGCUGCGUUGGAACAGAGAUGAGCAUCUUCGACUGUCCGCACGCUGGCAUCGGUGUGAACAACUGCAACCACAACGAGGACAUCGGAGUGGUGUGUGUCUAGCAGGAGCAACACCGGGCCCCACUACCACACACAGGCCAACCAUGCACCAUCGCUGUAACCACACCUCUACCUGUGAAGGCUUGCAACCUUCCUGUAGUCCAAUACUAACUAUACAAUAUCUACUGACACUGAGCUGUGAUAAUAUAACACUGUGUAGACAUGCAGGCAGCAUUUUACAUACAAAUAAAUUGUAGUUUAAUUGUAAAUGGAAUAUUCUAUUAAUGUCUAUUAAUGAUGAUAUGUUAAUAAAAAAUCUACUUAUGUUCAGAUAUUCUUUUAGGGCCCUUAGUAUGGUCCUAACUUUCACCACCACAGCGCCCCCUGGUGACUGUGGUGAAAAGAGCUAUUUCAAUCUCCACACAGUUCGGAUACAAUGACACACACUCAUCACUGUGGAUAUAAGAACAGAGCAGUGAUGCUAAUGAUGAUGUUCACAGCUGGAUGUCAUCACAUAUUCAUAAAACAGAGCAUAUCAAAUUCCACGCAGCAUUGUUUCACUUUAUUAUCGACAAUCUUCAUCUUAAAUGACUGUAAACAAAACUAAAUAAAA